GAUUUGGAAAAACCCGGCAUUGACUCGGAGCCGGCUCAUGUUCUGCUGCGCUAUGAGGAUGGCUAUCAAUACGAGAAAACCUUUGGGCCGUUGGUUCGUCUCGAAGCUGACUAUGACAAGAAGCUGAAGGAGUCUGCGACACAGGAGAAUAUCGAGGUGCGCUGGGAUGUGGGCUUGAACAAGAAGACCAUCGCUUAUUUUACGCUUGCCAAAACCGAUUCGGAUAUGAAGCUUAUGCAUGGCGAUGAGCUGCGUCUACGCUACGUGGGAGAGCUAUAUAAUCCGUGGAGCGAGAUUGGUCAUGUCAUUAAGGUGCCCGAUAACUUUGGCGACGAUGUUGGCUUGGAACUUAAGUGCUCGUCGAAUGCCCCGGUCAAGUGCACCAGUAACUUUAGCGUGGACUUCAUCUGGAAGUGUACCUCAUUCGAUCGCAUGACUCGGGCUCUUCGAAACUUUGCGGUGGAUCGUAAUUCGGUAUCGAAUUAUAUAUACUCUCGCCUGCUGGGCCAUGGACGCGCCGAUGGCACUGAUGAGGUGCUAUUUCGUGGGCCACAGCCCAAGCUGUAUAGUGCUCCCCACUUGCCGGACCUCAAUCGUUCACAGGUGUAUGCCGUGAAGCACGCCUUGCAACGCCCACUCAGUCUUAUCCAAGGACCGCCAGGUACGGGCAAAACUGUCACUUCGGCCACAAUCGUCUAUCAGCUGGUGAAGCAACACGGCGGCACGGUUCUGGUUUGCGCGCCUAGCAACACUGCUGUGGACCAGUUGACCGAAAAGAUCCAUCGUACCAAUCUGAAGGUGGUGCGCGUCUGUGCCAAGAGCCGUGAGGCGAUCGACAGUCCGGUGAGCUUUUUAGCCCUUCACAAUCAAAUCCGGAACAUGGAAACCAAUUCGGAACUGAAGAAGCUUCAACAGCUCAAAGACGAAACUGGCGAGCUGAGCUCAGCGGAUGAGAAACGCUAUCGCAGCCUGAAACGUGGCGCCGAGAACCAACUACUCGAGGCGGCCGAUGUCAUCUGUUGCACCUGCGUGGGUGCCGGAGAUACGCGCCUGUCGCGCAUUAAAUUCACAUCGAUACUGAUUGACGAAUCGAUGCAGUCGACGGAGCCGGAGUGCAUGGUGCCCGUUGUGCUGGGCGCAAAGCAAUUGAUUCUAGUCGGCGAUCACUGCCAGCUGGGUCCGGUGGUCAUGUGCAAGAAGGCGGCACGCGCCGGUCUCUCCCAGAGUCUGUUCGAGCGCCUGGUGGUGCUGGGAAUACGCCCGUUCCGCUUGGAGGUACAAUAUCGCAUGCAUCCGGAGCUGUCACAGUUUCCGUCCAACUUCUUCUAUGAGGGUUCGCUGCAGAACGGUGUCUGUGCGGAGGAUCGCCGCCUCAAACUGGACUUCCCAUGGCCGCAACCGGAGCGUCCGAUGUUCUUUUUAGUUACGCAGGGCCAGGAGGAAAUCGCUGGCUCGGGCACAUCUUUUCUCAAUCGCACCGAAGCGGCCAACGUGGAGAAAAUCACAACACGCUUCCUCAAGGCGGGCGUCAAGCCCGAGCAAAUCGGAAUCAUUACGCCCUAUGAGGGACAGCGAGCCUAUUUGGUCCAGUAUAUGCAGUACCAGGGCAGCUUGCAUUCGCGCCUCUACCAGGAGAUUGAGAUAGCCAGCGUGGAUGCGUUCCAGGGUCGCGAGAAGGACAUCAUCAUCAUGUCCUGCGUGCGCUCGAAUGAACGCCAGGGCAUUGGCUUCCUCAACGAUCCACGUCGCCUCAAUGUGGCCUUAACUCGUGCCAAGUACGGCAUCAUCAUCGUGGGCAAUCCCAAGGUGUUGGCCAAGCAGCAGCUUUGGAAUCAUUUGCUCAACUUCUACAAGGAUCGCAAGGUGCUAGUUGAGGGCUCAUUGAACAAUCUGAAGGAGUCGCUCAUCCACUUCCAGAAGCCCAAGAAGCUGGUGAACAACAUGAACAUCGGCGCCCAUUUCAUGUCCACCAUGAUGGCCGAUGCCAAGGAGGUGCUGGUGCCCGGCUCCAUAUAUGAGCGCACCAGCGGCUACGGUCGCCAGAUGGCAGGCAACUCCAAUCAGAAUCUGAAUGGCGGAAAUUAUGCUGCCAAUUCCUAUGGGUCUCUUGGCGGCGGAGUUGGCGCCGCUGGUGCUGCCGGUGGCAACAUGUCAAAUGCGGUCUAUGGCGCCGGCAACGGGUCCGCUGGCGGCAACAAUAACUAUGGCACCGCUGGUGGCGUCGGCAUCGGUGGCGCAUCUGGAAACGCGUCCAAUUGGCCAACUGCCCACUUGCAUGACUCCAUUGGGUACAUAUCGAAUGAUCACGGGGUCGCUGCACUGGGCAACAUGCCUGUGCCGGUGGGCAUGUUCAUGAACAUGAGCAACCUGCCGCCGCGUUUCUACAAUCACCAUCAGCAGGCCAUAAUGGCGGCGAAGCAGAAUCGCGCCAUGCAGAGCCAGUCCGGGUUUGCAGCUCCGAUUGUCACUGGCAAGAAGAACAGCAAAUUGUCUAAAGGACCGCGCAACAGCAAUGCAAACUCGAUCCAGUCUGGAAUUGGAGCUGGUGCUGGUGGAGGCGGUGGAGCGGCUUUAAUGUCGUCCACAACCACUAUGCCAACAACAACCACAGAGAUCACAGCGGCCACAUCAUCGAUGGGAUCGACACCAUUCAGCCAACAGCCGUCGGCCAUGUCGCUGCAGAUGACACAGCCGAGCGGAUUCGCCUUGUCACAGCAGCCGGAGCUCUCGCAGGACUUUGGCCACAUUUCUCAAAUGGAUGGACUGCUCUCACAGGAUGUCUCCUUCAAUGUGUCGGGCGAACGCAGUUUGAAUCAAUUCUCGCAACCUUACUGAGAUGCUCGAGGAGGUGCGCACAAUUGCAAUAACCAAUUACAACAACAAAUACA